ACAGCAUCGCCACUACUCGCUCCACCAUCCCCUGACCCCGUGCACCCGCACCAUUAGCUCGGCCUAGCUUGCUUCGAUCAUCGGCUCGAUCGGUUCUCUGACUCUGAUCUGAUCUGGAGAUCGAUCUCGGCCGGCCGGCCGGCUAUGGACGGUUCGAAGAGCAAUGCUCACCAACAAGGCGCGGCGGUGACUAGCACCACCAGCUCGGCGGGCAAGCGCAAGGGAAAGGCGGCUUCAUCUUGCGGCGGCGGAAAGAAGCCACCUAUCAAGGUGGUGUUCGUCGGCAACCCCGUGCGGGUGAAGACCAGCGUGGCGGGCUUCCGCGCGCUGGUGCAGGAGCUCACCGGCCGCCACGCCGACCCGUACAAGCACAGCGUUGGCGACGCCGACGCCGACGACAGCAGCAGCGGUGGCAGUGGCAGCCCGGUGGAGCUGCAGGUGGGCGGCGCGCUGUCAUCGGACUCCGCCUCUGCUGCCGGCGUGGCCCAAGUCAUCUCAGUGCCGGCUUACGACGACGACGACGACGACGGCUUCGCGCCACAGCUGAUCGACAACAGCUACUCCGUGUUCUCGCCGCCCACGUUCCUCUACGGCCCGCACGGCGGCGAGCUGUGAUUCCAACAGUACAUGUAUGUAUGUGUAGUUGUGUAUCGCAUUCUAGCUAGCUCCAACGAGCAUCAUGUGUAUCGUAUGUGCAUGCGCUGCAGGCUCGGUAGCACGCAAGUGUAAUACGUAAUUAGGAUUGAUUUCUGCACGCUAGCUAGCUAGCAACGCAAAUCUCUGUUAUGCUGCCACCGGCCGGCAAAGUAGUGGUACACUAAUAUAAUGCCCUCCGGUUUGAUGGGU